CCGCCAAUCCGCUUGUGGCCCCGGGUUGCUUGGCGGUGUGAGCAAGCGGGCAACAUGGCGGCGGCGAACAGCGAAGAGAGCGGCUCGCCCGCGGGCCCCGAGGAAGGUCUGAUAGUUAACUGGUCAGGACAAGGGCUACAAAAGCUGGGUCCAAUAUUACCUUGUGAUGCUGAUACUCACACUCUGAUUCUGGAUAAAAACCAAAUAAUUAAAUUGGAGCACUUGGAGAAAUGCAGAAACCUGAUGCAGCUGUCAGUGGCCAAUAAUCGGCUGGUACGAAUGAUGGGUGUAGCAAAACUGACUCAGCUCCGGGUACUAAACCUGCCUCACAAUAGUAUUGGUUAUGUGGAGGGCUUGAAGGAUCUGGUGCACCUGGAAUGGCUAAACCUGGCAGGAAAUAACCUGAAGAUGAUAGAUCAGAUCAACAGCUGCACAUCUCUUCAACAUCUUGAUCUAUCAGACAAUAAUAUAUCUCAAAUAGGAGAUCUCUCCAAGCUUGCAUCUCUAAAGACUCUUUUGCUCCAUGGAAAUAUUAUAACUUCUCUUCGCACAGCCCCUGUUUGCCUACCUCAAAGUCUGACCAUUCUGUCAUUGGCAGAAAAUGAAAUCAGGGACUUAAAUGAGAUUUCUUUCUUGGCUUCUCUUCCUCAAUUGGAGCAGUUGUCAAUUAUGAGCAAUCCUUGUGUGAUGGCUACGCCUUCUAUUCCUGGAUUUGACUAUCGACCCUAUAUUGUCAGUUGGUGUUUGAACCUUAAAGUUCUAGACGGAUAUGUGAUUUCUCAGAAAGAAAGUUUGAAAGCAGAAUGGCUUUAUAGUCAAGGUAAAGGGCGAGCUUAUCGACCUGGCCAGCACGUUCAGUUAGUUCAGUACCUUGCCACUGUUUGUCCUCUUAUUUCUUCAUAUGGUCUCCAGACUGAAGAGGAUGCCAAACUGGAAAAAAUACUGAGUAAGCAGAGGCUCCACCAGAGGCAACUGAUGUACCAAAGCCAAAAUGAAGGACCAGUUACAUCCUCUACUCCCAACAAAGGGGUGUCACUUGUGUGUGAACAAAGCAGUCUUGCCCUGGCACCACAGAUAGUCCUUGAAAGCGAACCUGUUAUCCAAAUGAAUUCUUGGGUUGGGCCAAGCACCAAUGAUGAUCACUCUUAUGCAGCAAAGAAUGCCUUUCCAGUUGAAAGAAGUUGUCGCAAAGAACUGUACCUGGAAGAUGUACAGACUGAUGAAGACAAACUGAACAGCAGUCUUCUCUCCUCUGAGUCUACUUUUAUGCCUGUUGCUUCAGGAUUGUCUCCUGUAUCUCCAACUACAGAACAGAGGCUACAUGGAAUCACUUCAGACAUGGAAGAUGAUGAUGCUACAGUGAUUGAAUUUGUGAAAGGAGUUAAUAAGGAGGGUGCAGAUAACAAACAGGAAAAGAUUUCUUGGGUUACAACAGAGUGUUCCAUCACAGCAACAGAAUCUGUAGAAGCUCAAGAGAAAAAUAAAGAGGCUGAAUUAUUACCUUUCCUUAAUUCAGCAACAGUUGCUGCUGAUCUGACUGCUAGUACUAGCUGCUCUCUAGCCUCCUGUGUAGACCAAGUUCUUGGGAGUUACUCUAUCCCAUCAGUGAAUGAUGAACAAACUCUUCUUUCAGACCAAACUGUAAAGAAAGAUUCUAUUGAUGAAUUGGCUUCUGUGGACCAUGAUGCAGGUGAAUUGCAAAAACUGAACAAAGCAGCCACCAAGCUUCAGGCCUGCUGGAGAGGAUUUUAUGCAAGGAACUACCAUCCCAAAGCCAAGGAAGUGCGUUAUGAAAUUCGCCUAAGCAGAAUGCAAGAGCACAUUGUUUGCUUAACUGAUGAAGUAACAAAACUAAUAAGAGAGAGAGAUGAAGAAAAGAUUCAAAGACUUAUACAGGAGGAGGCUAUCAGCUACCUUUGGAACCAGGUUCAAUCACUUCAACAGUGGCAACUUACAAUGAACCAAAAUCUUAAUACAGUCUGGCAGCAUCCUGUUCCUAUAUCAAGUACUUUGAAUUCAUCCAACCUACCUGUUCAGUCAUCUAGUCUCUUUCAAGAACCUUCUUCUGAUUUUAUUUCUACCUGUUCGGCUUCAGUAGCUGAAACUCUUCUGGAGAAAUUUUUACCAGAGUUCCCAGACUCUGGCUUUCACUCCUCCAUGAUUGAUCAAACCCACAUUAGUGAUUCACAUGGCUCUGAAAAUAGUUUUACACAUGGGAGUGAUAGUUUUCUUGUGGAAAAUUCUAUAGAAACAGUCAAAUAUUGUGGGGAUUCUGUUUCAGAAGGUCCUUCCAAUGCAGAAGAUGCUCUGGUAGACUCUGGGGAUCAGAGUAAGGAGAGCUCUAACAGCGAGCAAGACAGUAGUCUUUUGCAGCAGUAUCUGACAUCUGUUCAGCAGCUAGAAGAGGAUGAUGACAGGACAUGUUGCAGUGAUGGGACAGAAGGAAGUAGGCCCCAGACAGCAGCUUCGGAGGAAAAACAAGAUUCUUUAUAUGACACAGUUUCUGUAGACACUCAAGACUGGGCUUCACUUGCACAAGAUGAAAUGAGUCAGAUGUCAGAAAGCUGUAAAUUGAAUUCAGGCGUAGUGGAAGCGAAACAAACAGAGUGUGACUCUUCAUUUCAGGUGCUGCCUGUUGGCAUACCUGUCUAGUAGUUUAGCUCUGUGGAUAUUUAGGGAACUAUUUAACACCUCUCUCUCCCCCCCAUGUAUAUAGCACUGGCAUUAUUUUUUCUACAUGUAUUUUGUUCUAGAUUCCUCUGCCCAUAUUACCAGGAAGGCUUAACUUUAAAUAGCAUUUUGCUACUCUUAUAGUUAAAUAUUAACACUAACCGUGCUAAACUGAAAUGAGCAACUUCUCAGUGAUGGUCAUUAUGCACUUUAUUUCUUGCCAGCUGAAUUGUAUCUGAGCAGCUGGUUUCCGUAGUGUAAUACAGAAGGUUAUGGGUUUUUUUCCUAUAUGUAAAAUAGCUCAGAUUUAGUAAGACAUCACUUUUCGUUGAUAACAGAAUCUGAGUUCUCACUCUACAAAAAUAGCACGAAUUGGAGAGUUGGGAAGAAUGAAGAUUAUGUGCAUACAUAUCAGUGUCAACUCGCAGAAGAGAUGACAAUAGGGGUUGCUUAAUAAAUUUUUUUCUCCUUAUCUUGGAGUAAGUAUCUUGACCAAGAUUUCAAACAACUAGGGCUUUGGAACUAGGGUUUUUAAAUCAGUGGCAUGAAUUUUUCUUUUUUCUCCUUUAACUAAAGCUUUGCACUUUUUUCAAAACAGGCUGCUUAUGUAGGGGUUUAAACAUGGACUAAGGGGACUUGAACAUUAGCAAUCUACUUUUAUUUGAAAAAAAACAUGUCUUGAGUUUUGUCUCCAGUAUGGUGCAAGCUACUUGUUCUUUCUCAGGUAAAACUCAGCUGGAGUCAGUGAAAGUCUUUUCUAAAAAUAAGGGCUUCAAAAGGACAUACAAGAUGAGAACAGUUUCUGAGGGAUCCCUGCUUCUCUGGUUGAAGUGGGAAGCUUGAUGACUUGUGUAAAGGUAUUGGCCUCUACAAAAAAAA